AUGGAUGGUUGGGAGUCACGACGCAAGCGAACACCUGGCCAUGACUGGUGCGUAUUGAUGUUUGGGAUUCGUGGCGUCGUAGACAUCGUGGACGUGGAUACCGCCUUUUUCACGGGUAACUACGCACCGCGUGUGUCCAUUCAAGCUGCGGAUAUCACUCAGGACUAUGAUGCCAACGCUGCAGAUGCAUUACAAGUUCUUACGGCUAAAGCUACAAAAGAUCGUUCAAUGGGAGUGUCUGCGACGCCCAAAGAGCUCAAGCUGGCAGAGCAGCUCAAGUCCGUCGAAUGGACGGAGAUUGUACCAUUUACGCAGCUCGGAGCUGGAUACACUGAGACCCGUCACAAUUUGCUGAGAGUAUCACCGUCUAAGAGAGGACCUUGGACGCAUAUUCGGCUUGAUAUAUUCCCAGAUGGAGGAAUUGUACGGCUGCGAGUGUUUGGAGAGGUAGUUAUAGACUGGAAGCACAUUCAGGUGUCUGAUAUGCUGGAUCUAGUGAGCAUUGCACACGGAGGACAAGUGAUCGGCUAUAGCGAUGCACAUUAUGGCCAUCCUCGCAAUUUAAUGGCACCAGGACGAAGCAAGACGAUGGCUGGAGGAUGGGAAACUGCUGGAUAUGAACACCGGGCUGCUAGAUAUACCUGGAAAGGAUUGGGUAGCGCUCAAGCUGGGAUGCUUGAGCGUCAUACGGCAGGUUGA